ACGUGCAUCGACGAACUCAAUAGUUACCGAACUAAUAGAUCGGAAAUUGGAAAUUUGAAUCAAUUGAUUCUUGUACCAUAAGUUCUUUUUAUCAUACUGUUUUAAUUGAGGGUAUAAUUCAUUUCUACUCAGCUUACGACUCCGACGGCAGACAUCAUCACGACUUAAUUAUACUAUGUCAAGUAGUCGUAGCUGACGAAUUGUCAUUAAUAUCUUCCGUCCUUUGCGAUUAUACGUCGAAUUCCAGGACAGCAACUUUUUCCACGUUCCCGAGAUUCCUCAACUUUCUCUAAUAUACCUUGAGGUUUCUACUCCUUUUCCGAUAAGUCGCCAGAGCGGUAUUUAAAGCAAGAUGGCGCAAACCUCGGGAGCAUCGUAUCGCAAAGACAAAAAAGAGUUUAAGGAAUUAACAGAUGAGAAGGUACGGCAAAUAUACGUCUGGAGAACCGAAGUCGAGUAUUCGAAGACCCAAUGCCUCUGUUCCGGGCCUUCCAUGGUUGAUCCCUCAUUCACACGGAGAGCCAAAAGUGAGGGCAAAGGGAAAGGCAAAGCCGUGGCCCGCAGAGGGGUGCAGCGAACUGAAGCGUCGAGUAGCACUGCCAUGGACUCGGAUAUACAACCAGAACCUCACGGGACGCCGCCAAGAGAUUCUCCUCCUCAGAUAGGGUUGUUCAUACCUGAGGAAGACCCGUGUCCAACGUGCGAUUCGCCCGUGAACGCAGGCGUGAUGUUCCUGAAGGUCGGGGUAAAAGGAGAAAGGGGCAUAGUUUGCACAAACCCGAGUCCCCGAUCCACCACCAGCGUCAAUCGUCUAUCGGAUGUCCUUUCAUAUCAGCAAUACAAGACGCCCCCCAAGGCAUGGCUCAAACAGAAGGCAAGAAAGCCCCUAGAACAAAUCAAGAGAGCUGUUACCCCCGAGAACGAGAACUCCAAGAGGAAGCAAGUCCUGAAGCCGCUAUUGGGGUUGCUGAGGAAGUCGUCGACGGACUCCUUGAGCUCGGGCCCGCCGACGGUACGGCCGAGGGCGACGGAGAUGUACCACACGGUCCCGAGCAGGGAUGAUCUUUUAAGAGCCGGGUCAGUUAAGACCCUGCUUUCGGGCUUGAGUGACGAUGAUGACGAUGGACGUGGAAGGCCCAAGCUAACCAUUGAUGAAUCUGCAGCGCGGCUACGCAGAGCUCAAAGGUUGCUGGAAAAGCAAAACAAGAACGAAAGUAAAGCUUGAGUUUUGUCACAUCGAUCCGGUGUACGGGCACCUCGGACACGGAUACUUGGUUCGGUUCGAUUGUGUAUUAUAAGAGGAAAUGCAUUUUAUUCUAUGGAGGUAAGUCGUUUUUUCCGGGACGACGGUUUUAUAGGUAUACUUCGAAUGGCUUAAGUUCAUCCGGAUAAAGGGUGGUUUGAAUUGUUACCAGCAUAGCUUUAACAGGGCAAUGGAUACAGCGGCAUAUGGGUUUGGGGAUACCCGUAGGUGUUAGCGAGUAGACUUUGGUUUCUUGAGGCGCUGUAGAUUAGAACGAUCAAAAGACUACGUUGGUGGCCGGUACCUAUUCCGGAGCACCCUCUAUUCAAUUCAAUGUACAGCGUAAGAAGUGGAAAAUGCUAGGCUCAAUUGAUUGUCUUUAGAACUGUUGGAUAUAGCUACUUUCAACAUCCUGAAUUAGAACACUAUCUAACUUAAAUUUCUUGCAUAUAUUUCAAUGAGCAAGCGAACAUAAAGUAAGCAUUCGAGGACAUAUGGUUGACAAAUGAAACAUCGACAUCGGCACAGGCCUCAGAUUUCAUGAUUUGAGAUCAUUUCCGUUUUGGAUAUCCCUCUUCCUAUCAUUGAUUGAUUUUGGGGUAUCAUCACCGGCCUGUUUGAUAUUGAUGGAAGUUGGAGAGGUAAGGGUGUAUAUAUAUAUAUAUAUAUAUAU